CUAGAGCAUGUCCAGCCAAUGAGGCAGGCUGGCCAGGCAGACACGUGUUACUCAGUGUUUCCAAAUGAGCCUACAGGAAACCAGCCACUUAAGAAGGAAGCUUGGCUUUUCUGGGCUUUAGAGAAAACUGACUCGUUGGAGUUCCCGUAACCGAUAGGCUGCUGGUGGGGGACGGGGCUGUAUUUUCCAAAUACACACAAAAAAGGAGAAUCCAGGGGCGAACGGAAACUUUGACCUUGGCGAGCCAGGCUGCAGGGGUGGGGCUUCCCGAGAAGCGUGGUCAAAAGGCAGUAGAGGCCGGGAGCUUGUCACUCUCCUGUCCAUCUGCGCGCCUGUCCACACACGCUCCUAUCUAGCCACAUUGGCCUCUCAGAAGAGCAGGGCCAAGGAUGCGAGAGACGCCGUUUGCCCCCGCCGCCAUGCAGUGCCUCCUACGGUACUUCCAUCCCAGCCGGGCGGGCCGGAGCCGGCUGGCCUUGGCCGAAAAACACUUGUGUGCUCGGGGUACCGCCCUGUGGACCCACAUCCGAAACCUCGUGUGCAAGGGCAAGGUGGGCAGACGGCUGGACCCCCAGGCCCUGCAGGACAGAGACUGGCAGCGGACCGUGAUCACCAUGAAUGGGAUUGAAGUGAAACUCUCAGUCAAGUUCACCAGCAGGGAGUUCAGCUUGAAGAGAAUGCCUUCCCGAAAACAGACGGGUGUCUUUGGAGUCAAGAUUGCCGUGGUCACCAAGAGGGAGAGAUCCAAGGUGCCCUACAUCGUGCGCCAGUGUGUGGAGGAGAUCGAGCGCCGGGGCAUGGAGGAAGUGGGCAUCUACCGCGUGUCUGGAGUGGCCACAGACAUCCAGGCGUUGAAGGCGGCCUUUGACGUCAGUGAGUGUCGGCCCGGGCAGCGCGGGCUGGGGGCGUGGGCGUGGUGACCGUGUGCCUCCCACGGCUCGUGCUGGCUAUAUUAGGCUCCGUACCUUUCCUUCACUUGUUUUAUUUUUUAAAUGAAAAGAAGAGGGAGCGGUGGGACGUGCUGGCUACAUUAGGCUCCG